AUGAAAACUGACAAGUGCGAAAAGCCGAGUAUUGGAUUAGUCUACUUGCUUCCGAGUUUUGCAACGUUAGUAUUCAACAGAAUCGUGAUGCAAACGAACGGCAGUCUGUCAGCGGGUUCUUUGUGGCAGCUGUGGCAGCCGGCAGAGCUCGCUCGACGUAUUAUAGGAGAGCGACCCUCUCCUGUACCUCCCACAAGAGAAUUAUGGCCACCGCAGGAACGUUUAAACAUCAGUACCCUGCAACUCGCCUACCAACACGAACUGUAUCAGAAUGAAGAGUUAUCACCAAGACGACGUUGUUCAUCGCUUACAUCUCGACCAUAUGUUUCCACAACUGUACCCAUAGACAGCGAUGUACCGGUACGAAUGUGUACUGUUGGAACGAACACUGACCCACCACCAACUAUUUUGAGUCGGAUUAGGGGCCUGCUAAGGAGAGAUAGUCAUUUAUAUACUUACUCGCCGUCGCUACCACUGAAAUCAAUCAGUCCAGGACCUAAAUUAGAACAAUACGAGGACUCUUCGAGUAAUCGUUCCGCCUAUGGAAUAAAGAAGGUGAUGGCCGGAGCUAAAUAUCGUAUAGCACCAAACGCUGACGAAAUUGAAAGCCCGAAGAUAGUUUACAACACAACAAAACCAGCUGAUCGAAUGGUAACAACAUUUGGAGCAAAAAAAUCGACUAAAUGGUUUAAACUCCCAGCAAGAUCCGACUGUUCGCGUCAUUUCCGAGCACUUACAAAGGUGUGCGGUCAGCGAUCAGAAGAAUCGUCUCGACGACAGCCAAAUCUGACGCCCUUACAAAUAACUCAGGUGUGA